AUGGCCUGUUUUUCUCCUCAUGUAGAUUUUGAAGCCUAUUACAGCGAUCUCCAAGAAGCCGUGCCGCCCAGAGGGAGACAGCCAGCUGACUGGGCUGAUGCUAGCCUCCUGGGAGCAAGCCCGAGUUCGAGUCCUGAUGGAGGCCACGGGGACGGGGACAACCUGCUGGGCCCUUUGGAUCCCCUGGCCACCGCCAGGCCCACCCUCCUGGUGGACUGGCCCAAGUCCCUGGUCAGCCGCACUCGCUUCCACAGCUACACCUCCUCCGGUAUCACAGGACGCAUGGUGACAAUAAAGCCAUUCUCACUGAGCCCCGGGGACACCUAUGUCCUACAAGCCUCUGUGGCUUCCCCGCACCGCGUCCUGGGGAGGGCUCAGCUGCUCGUGACGCUCAAUCAGGCUCCGCGGGACGUGGCCUGCCAGGUGCAGCCACAUCACGGCCUCGAGGCUCACACAAUCUUCGGCAUCUUCUGCAUGUCAGGGAGACCGGACUUCCGUUACCAAUUUAGUUAUCGGAUAGGAAAUGCCUCCAAACACACUCUGUACCACGGGAGAGACAGCCAGUACUACUCCACACUGCCAGCCGGCGAGCCCUCAGACGAUUACAAAGUCACAGUGUCCACCACGAUCACAGACGGCGUGGGCUCCCGGGCACUGCCGUGCACCGUGACAGUGACCGUCCUGCCCCGUUUCCACGGGAAUCUCUGCCUGGAUGAGGACGCCUAUAACUCCAGCCUGAAGCAUCUCUCUACCCUUCAGCUGAUGGGCAGCUACACAGAGAUCAGGAACUAUAUCACCAUGAUGACCAGGGUCCUGACUCGUUGGGCUGCGGAGGACAGAAGUCCCUCAUGUGGCCAGUGGUCACGAAUACAGGAUAUGCUGAUUUCUUCCGCGUGCAGGCUGCCUUUCGCAGAUCAGGAAGAAAUGAAUGAUUCCAUUUCCCUGUUAAGGAACCUCCUACGCUUCCCUCAUAAGUUAAGUCUUACGAGUGCGGCUGUCAUCCUCAAAGCCGCCCGGGCGCUCCGGGCUCAGGGCCUGCUGCUGGGGAAGCUCGCGGUGGACGAGGGCCCGGUGCGUGAGCUCAUCCUGCUCGUGUCUGAGGUCUUGGAAGCACGUGACCGGGAGAAACCGGGAGCUGCGGGCUUCCUGCAAGAGGAGGGGAUCGAGGUCAUCUCGGAUCUCUUGGUGGAUGGCCUCUCUGCGAGCAAAGAGUACCACCUCCACGUCAGCACCGGCCGGAUGGAGUUCCGCACGCUCCUCCAUCGCGACCUGCAGAGCUGCACGCAGAGCCUGGGCUCCGUCCGGGUGCAUUUACCUGCAGACCUGGCUGGACAGAGUCCCGCAGGGGCGGCAGCACAGGGCCCGUGCUAUGUCAGCCAGCUUGUGCUCUUCAAGGAGAACCCGUUUCCAGGGCACCCAGCUCCUGGUCAGAUUGGCCAGGUGAUCGCCCCGUCCCUGUUUAGCUGCUCCAGCAGGAAACCCAUCCGCAGAUGGCGGCUACAGGAGCCCGUGACCGUGGAGUUCGGGGAGGACGAUGACCUGGAUAACAGGAAUAAGACGACGUUUGUGCUGUUCCGGGAUAGAGUGAAUGUUCAUCAGAUCGUCGGGCGUUCCGCAAACGCCCAGGAAUCUCUGCACAUAAGGAUAGAAUUUUCUAGGCCCGUCUCGAGAGCUUUCCCGGUCAUGCUGCUGGUAAGGUUCUCCGAGCAGCCGACUCCUUCUGACUUCCUCGUGAAGAAGGUCUACGUCUGGGACCAGCAGACGGUGCACGUGUAUGUACCUGCUGGUCCUCUGAGAGACACCCACUUGGGAUAUUUAUCCUUACUGGACGCUGACUACGACAGACGCCCUCCAAACAAACAUUUCGCACAGGCAGUGAACUAUACGGUGUGUUUCCAGUGGGUGCGGUGCCUCUUCUGGGAAGAGAGGGAGUGGAAAUCCGCAGGGUUCUCUCCACGGCCAGGAACAUCUCCGGAGAAAGUGAGCUGCAGCUACGACCGCCUCGCGCCGGCUUCUGUGACGAGAAGAAGCCUGAAUGCCACCUUUUCAAUGAGUGACGUUUCCAAGUGGCAGAGACGCCUGGAGAACCUGCUUCCCGGCAUUUUGAUUGUCGUUUUUACGGUGCUCUAUGCACUUCUGGUUACUAAAAGCAGACGUGAAGAUUUUCAGGAGAAGGAGAAAGCUGGUUACAUUUUUCUGCAAGAAGAUGCUCCUCCCGGCCAUCAGCUGUACGCACUUGUCGUGGACACAGGCUUCCGGUCCCCUGCCCGCUGCAGUGCCAAGGUUUACAUUGUUCUACGUGGUGAGAACGGGUCUUCAGAACCCAGAGAACUCUAUUGUCCGGAGAAGCCCCUGUUCGAAAGGAAUUCCAGACACACUUUUGUCCUGAGCGCCCCCGCUCUGCUGGGCCCGCUCCGGGGCAUCCGCCUCUGGCACGACAGCCGUGGGCCCUCCCCGGCCUGGUAUGUGAGCCACGUCAUGGUGGGAGAGCUGGGGCCUGGGCCCAGGAGGAGCUGGCUCUUCCCCGCCGAGUGCUGGCUGGCCGCGAGCAGGGACGACGGCCGUGUGGAACGGGAGCUGGGCUGCCUGCGCCGGGGCCUCGGCUUCCGGAAGCUCUUGUAUUCCAAGUUCACGGAGUAUCUGGAGGAUUUCCACAUCUGGGCCUCCGUGUACAGCCGGCCGUCCCCCAGCGGCUUCCCGCACACCGCGCGCCUCACUGUGGCCUUCGCCUUGCUGUGCGCGUACGCCUGUCUCGCCGCCCUGCUCACGGCGGCAGGACCAGAGCAGCUCCCAUGGGCUCUCGGCACCCUCCAUGCCGCCGCUGGGUCCUUCCAGACAGGGCUCCUGUGCUCGCUGCUGGCUGCUCCCGGGGCACAGCUCCUGUCGCUGCUCCUGAGGCUCAGCCAGGAAGCCAGCAGGCUGUUCCGUGCGCAGCCCUGCCUGCCCCUGAGAAGAGCGCCAGCCGAGGCAGCUCAGGGCCCUCACUCCCGCGGGAGGACGGCAGACGCCCACAAGAUGCAAGAGGGUCAGGGCCUCUCGGGGCACGCCAGGGCCCACGGGAGGGCAGCAGGUGGCCGAAGUGCGGGCUGUCCAUCCCCAGAGCGGGGGCCCCGCGGAGCUGACCCCGGCCAGCAGGCUCCGAGGGAGAAGGGGACCCACAGCAUUCUCCAUGUGCAAGCCCCCGACAGCGGACUUGGAGGACUCGCUGCUCUCCGGUGGCUGCGGGCGCUGCUGCCUUGGUCAGCAUCCGCGGCGUGGGCCGUUUGUGGGAUUGUCUCCGUGGCCUGUGGCGUAGGGACGGCAUUUCUAGGAUACAGGUUCGACCCGACUCAGUGUGUGCGCUGGCUGCACCUGCUGACGGUGUCCGUGCUGUGCUGUGUUUUCGUCACGCAGCCGCUUCUGGUGGGCCUCGCGGCCCUGGGCUUUGCCUGGAGAAGGAGAGAUGACGCGCACUUCUUCACCGAAUCCCUGCACGCGGCCACCAGAGACCUGCACUCGGAGCCGGAGGAGUGUGCAAGUUCCCAUGCGCCCCACCCUGCCAGCCAGAUGGCGGAGAUGCUGGCCGCCCGACAGCGAGCUCGCCGCCUACGCUGGGCACGUCCGCCGUCCGCGGCCCAGCUCAGCGCCGUCAGGGAGAGGACGAGAAGAGAGACCGGGACACGGGUGGCCCUGAGAGACACCUGCCUGUGCGUCCUCAUGCUCCUUCUGCGCGCGCUUAUACUCUGUGCGCAGCGUUCCUGGGACGAACGUUCUCUCGGUCAAGCCAUCCGGAGUGAGUUUACGAGGGGAGCCGGGAGCGCCUCCGGAGGCCUGAGAAGUGUGGGGGACUGGUGGGGCUGGAGUCUGACCACGCUGCUGGACGGCCUGCACGGGGCAGGCGCCCCCACCGCCGGCCCGCCGGGCGCUCAGCCGGGAGCCCUUGGCGGGAAGUGCUACGUGCUGGGCGCCGUGCUGAUCCGGCAGUGGAGGGAGGCUCCCAGCGACGCGGGCGAGGUACGCCGCUCCCUGCCCGACUCUGUGCAGCCUCCCAGCCCAGCUUCAGUGCUUACAGAGGACUGCCCUCCUCCACGUGGCCCCAAAGCUGGCGGCCCCGACGCCCCCUCUGCGACAGAUCCUGCCACCCAAAGAGUAGCCCCAAGCGGCCCCGGAGACUGUGGGGCCAGGGAUCCCUGGGUGCUCAGCCUGGGCCGCACCAGGCCAGCAGCACACGCAGCCCUGAGCGGCCUCCGGGCCCGCCGGUGGAUCGACCGCAGCACCAGAGCCGUGUCCGUGCACUUCACUCUCUACAACCCUCCCACUCGGCUCCUGUCCAGCGUGUCCCUGCGCGCCGAGAGGCUGCCCACAGGGGACCUGGCCCUGUCCCCGCUGGUGCAGUCGCUGGCUGUCUUCGGCAGUGGCUCGGCCCUGUGGUCCAGCCCCACGCUUCCCGAGCUGGCCUUCCUGCUGCUCAGCCUGACUCACGUCUGCUUGCAAGUCCGCAGCCUGGCCAAGGACGGCGUCCGCAGAUACUGGCGCAAACCAGGGAACUGGCUGGAGCUUGCCGUCCUGGGAGCCAACCUCGCCUGCCACACAGCCUCCAGCCACCUGGCCACGCUCACUGGGGACGUGACGGACCACUUCCGCGGAGGACAUUUCCAAGGAUUUACGGACCUCAGCCUCGCGGCCUCAUGGAAUCAGAGGGUGACCUGGCUCCAGGGGACCGUUUUGUUCCUCUUGAUGCUGAAGCUCGCCUUCCUCGUUGGCAUUCAGAGCUCGACGGCCUGCUGCUCCCUCCUGCUGCGUCGCUCGCGGGCUGGCGUCUGCACGGCAGGGCUGGUGGGUGUCCUGAUGCUGGCCGCCCGCUGCCACCUGUGCACGGUACCGCCCUGCACCUUCGCAGACUUCUCCCGAGACCUGCUGUUCCGUCUUCCAGGAAGAAGCCAGACACACACAUCCCGUGGCCCUUCCGAGUCUGACCUGUGGGCCCUGGCUGGGUGCCGCGGGGCCCUUUUCAUAGCAGUGAGCACUGUGUGGUGGGGAAUGCUCAGAGGGUCCCUCGCGACUCUUGCUCGAAAAAGGAAAUCUUUGCAAAGCCAGUCGCUCGUGAGCCUGGCCGACCUGACUGCCUACGUGUGGGGGGCGGUCCUGGCCCAGUUGGGAUUGCAGAAGCCACCGCAGGAAGAGGCUGAUGUGGCCGUGAGGCGUAAUCACUACCUGGAUGAGGUCUCCGAUCUGCUGGACGAGCUCCUGUGGAAGAUUCACAGUUUGUCCGACAGCCCCCAGCGUCCUCUUCCACGGCAGGGGUCCGGGCAUACAGGAGGGGCCGGGCCAGGAGGCCAUCCCUCGGGGGGCAUCUCUGCCUAAUGAGCCACUGGGGAUUUUGAUGGAGA